AUGCUCGGAUACAAGUGUCUAGACUCCAACAGUCCCCGCUCCUUCCUCUUCUCCGUCGUCGCCUAUGUCGGCCCCCGUGGCGCUAGCCGCUCCCUGGCCGUGGCCUACCGCCAGGGCAACGAUAGGGACGACUCAGCGUCAUCUAAGGCACGCGUGGAAAAUGUCGUGGCAGACACCCUCGCGCUGAUCGAAAUCCUCUCGGAUCCUAUAAACCCGAGCAACAACAAAAAAGACCCGUCCCUGAUCUCGUCGAGGUAG